AUAGGAAAAAUGAAGAUCUUUUACACUCUCGUCUCCACCGUGGCAGUCAUCAAUAAUUCCAUUGAUGUAAGUUCGCAAUUCGACUGUUUACCUAAUGGCGCAUGUACUUCUUAUGAAUCUUUUUAUGGCGGACCUCAUCCUCUUGCCAGAAUUCGUACAUUUGAUUCUCCUCGCAAACGUUCCCCUGCCAAACAUCAUGACUUACCUUCGCAUUCCGACACUUUACCUACAAGUUUACAUACUUCUCCUGCCGAACUUUCUAGUCAAAAUGAGCGUGCGCUCGUAUUUCGAAGAUUAUCAAUUCCUGCCUCAUUAGGUCUUUAUAUAAGAUUCAUAAAGCCAAAAUUCAAGAGAAUAUUACCAAACAAUGUACUUCCUGCUGUAUUGGACAAAGAUGGUGAGGUCGUUGGAAUAAUGGAAGAUAAGAAGCUUCGUGGACUAUAUGAUCCUUCAAAAUCAUACCGGGUUAUAUACAGGACGAAAGAAAAUGAUUUUAUAAAGAUUAGACCUAGUCAACAGAAGACUUUUUAUGGAGGCUUGAAACUUAAUUUCAUCAAUGACAAAAUCUCCACAUAAAGUUAAUAACAAAUAAUUUGUAAGAU